CAGCGCCCAGAGGCGGGCCGGUCCCUCCCGGGGGCCCCGCGCGGGCGGGCGGCCGCUCUCCGCAGGGCUCGGGGGCGGGGAGAGGGGCCGAGCUGGCCCCACCCAGCAGCGAGCGCAGGCCCCGCGGAGCAACCCCGCAGCCCUUCGCCCGCAGCCGCCCGGCCGGGACAGGGGCGCGCCAGGCCCAUCUCAGCCAUGAGGAGCAGCAGUGCCCGGGCAUGGCAGGAACUGCUGGCCCUGCUCUGCAGCGUCUGGCUCUGGGUGGGCGCUGCCCAGCGCACCGGGCCUACGCCCACGUUGCAGAGCCAGGGCCCCAAGCUGAAGUUCCGCCUGGCCGGGUACCCCCGCAAGCACAACGAGGGGCGCAUCGAGGUCUUCUACAACGAGGAGUGGGGCACCAUCUGCGACGACGACUUCACGCUGGCCAACGCCCACGUGUUGUGCCGCCACCUCGGCUUCGUGGCCGCCACCGGCUGGGCCCACAGUGCCAAAUAUGGCAAAGGCGUUGGGCGGGUCUGGCUGGACAAUGUGAACUGCGGGGGCAGCGAGAAGAGCAUCGCGGACUGCAAGUCACGGGGCUGGGGGAACAGUGACUGCAGCCACGAGGAGGACGCGGGCGUGAUCUGCAAGGACGAGCGCAUCCCGGGCUACGUGGACUCCAACGUCAUCGAGGCCGAGCAGAACCAGGUGGAGGAGCUCAGGCUGCGGCCUGUGGUCUCGGGCGCCAGGAAGCGGCUGCCGGUGACGGAGGGCGUGGUGGAGGUGCGCUACAAGGAGGGCUGGGCGCAAAUCUGCGACGAGGGCUGGAACCACAAGAACAGCCGCGUGGUCUGCGGGAUGAUGGGCUUCCCGGCUGAGAAGAAGGUCAACAGGAACUUCUACAAGCGGUUAAAGCGAGCAGCCAAGAUAAAGAGCCGGAGCCCAGGGCCGGGUGCAAGGCUGGUCUCCAAAGCUCGCCCCAAACACAAGCCCAGAGAGGACUUUGGGGUCCCCAAGAGGUUGUACCUGGAACGGCAGCAGCUCAGCUACCGGCUGCACUCGGUGGCCUGCACGGGGAACGAGGUGCACAUCUCCAUGUGCCCCUUCGAAUUCUACAAAGGCAAUGCCACUGCGACCUGCAAAGGCGGGAUGCCCGCUGUGGUGAGCUGCAUGCCAGGGCCCCUCUUCACCACUGGCAGUGCCCCAAAGAAGAAGCCGCAGCGGCAGCAGCAGCAUCAGGGCCAGCAGCGCGUCCGGCUGAAGGGCGGUGCCAAGGCCGGGGAAGGCCGGGUCGAGGUGCUGAAGAACAGCGAGUGGGGCACCGUCUGCGAUGACCGCUGGAACCUGCUGACAGCCAGCGUGGUGUGCCGUGAGCUGGGGUUCGGCAGUGCCAAGGAGGCUCUGACGGGAGCACGCAUGGGCCAAGGGAUGGGUCCCAUCCACAUGAACGAGGUGCAGUGCACAGGCUCGGAGAAGUCGCUGUGGAGCUGCCCCUAUAAGAACAUCACGGCGGAGGACUGCAAGCACUCCGAGGACGCCGGGCUCCGCUGCAACAUCCCCUACAUGGGCUACGAGACCACGAUUCGCCUGAGCGGGGGCCGGAGCCGCUUCGAGGGGCGGGUUGAGGUGGCGCUGGGCACUGGGAGCAGUGGGCGCCCCGCCUGGGGCCUGAUCUGUGGCGAUGGCUGGGGAACCCUGGAGGCCAUGGUGGCUUGUCGCCAGCUGGGCCUGGGAUUCGCUAACCAUGGCUUACAAGAGACGUGGUACUGGGAUGCCAGCAACGUGACGGAGAUGGUGCUGAGCGGCGUGAGGUGCGCUGGCCACGAGAUGGCGCUGAGCCACUGCCAGCACCAUGGCAACAGCCUCAACUGCAAGAAGACGGGCACCCGCUUCGCCGCCGGGGUCAUCUGCUCCGAGACUGCCUCGGACCUGCUGCUGCACGCCCCGCUGGUCCAGGAGACGGCCUACAUUGAGGACCGGCCCCUGCACAUGCUGUACUGUGCAGCAGAGGAGAACUGCCUCUCCAGCAGCGCCCGCAACGCCAACUGGCCCUACGGGCACCGCCGCCUGCUGCGCUUCUCCUCCCAGAUCCACAACAACGGCCGCGCCGACUUUCGCCCGAAGGCCGGGCGCCACUCCUGGGUCUGGCACGAAUGCCAUAGGCACUAUCACAGCAUGGACAUCUUCACCCACUACGACCUCCUGACCCCCAACGGCACCAAGGUAGCCGAGGGCCACAAGGCCAGCUUCUGCCUGGAGGACACGGAAUGCCAGGAAGACGUGGCCAAGCGGUACGAGUGCGCUAACUUCGGAGAGCAGGGCAUCACCGUGGGCUGCUGGGACCUGUACAGGCACGACAUCGACUGCCAGUGGAUCGACAUCACUGACGUCCGGCCCGGCAACUACAUCCUGCAGGUGGUGAUUAACCCCAACUACGAGGUGGCCGAGAGCGACUUCACCAACAAUGCCAUGAAGUGCAACUGCAAAUACGACGGGCAUCGCAUCUGGGUGCACAACUGCCACAUCGGUGACGCCUUCAGCGAAGAGGCCAACAAGCGGUUUGAACAGUACCCAGGACAGCUCAACAACCAGAUUGUAUAGUGACCCCUCUCCCCCCCCCAUGCCCCCCGGAAAGGCCGUCUCCCCACACACCACCGGGUGCUCGGAGGUGGAAGCAGUUUGUCCCGGGGCAGCGUCACGUCCCAGGCUGGCUUGCGGGGCUCUGUGGUGAGAGGAUCUGUGCCCAGCAGCAGCUGGUGCAGGUGCCAGGUGCAGCCUCUGGCCCGGCCCAGCUCGGCUGUGGAGUCCUCGGGCAUCUCUGAUCUCAGGCAGGAUUUUCCUGGGCUGAUGUGGCCCCACAUUCUUGUCUGACCGUGCAGGGCCUGACAGGAGGGAGGCUCUGGGCACUGCGCCCCACGGCACCCAGCCCUGCUCGGGGAGAACUGUGGACUUCUACCACUGGGCAGUACGGGGGCUUCCGCACCUCGUUGUGGGGCUGAGGUGCAGCAUGACACCAAGCAGGGCAGGGUUAGAGCCUGGGCCAAAUCUGGCAGCUUCCUCUCCCUGGGAGAGUUGGAGAGGUGUGUGAAUGGCCAUCAGCUGCCUCCAGCUCUGUCCCCAGCUCCUGCCCCCCAUCAUCUCCUCCCACCACUGCCACACACUCAUCCUGCCCCUCCACCUCCCACCGCCCCCUCAGCCACUGGCCUGACCAGCCCCCCCUAGUUCCCAGCCGACACAGGAACCUCAUGGAAGAGGAGCAACGGCUCCAGGCACCUUACUCAGCGUCCCUUGGCCCAUGCCACCUGCAGGGCUGGCCGGGUCUGGGCCGUCACACCUGUCUCCGUACAGCAGCGUGUCUGUGUACUUAAAGAGCUAAAACCACAUCAGGCUGCCCUGCUCAUGGUUGGGACGCCCCCAUUUCUCAGUUGUCAUUUUAUUUUCUGUAUAAAAGUGACGGUCUGUUUCCCUGA